UCUACGUUACUGAGGUCGAUCGGAGCAGCACCUUACAGUGUACUACACAGUCUAUGCAGCCCAGAAUCGCCGGUGUCAAAAACAUACAAAGAACUUUGUAACAUUCUGGACACUCACUACACACCCCCCACAAUUGUUUUCCGUGAACGCAAGAAAUUUCAUCAUGCGAUCAAAGAAGAUGCUGAAACAGUGGCACAGUGGUAUGCACGUGUAAAACAAUUGGCGCUUAACUGUAAAUUUGGCGAACACUUGGAAGCGUUUGUUUUAAACCAAUUCGUUAUGAGCCUCUCACCGUUAAUAUUUGAGCGAAUAUGCGAAGAAGACGAGAAGUUAUCAUUGGCCGAUGCUCUAAAAAAGGCAAUGAUAAUCGAGACGAAAAUUGCAACAAAGAAGACGGACGACACAGUUGGAUACAUAAACGGCGCACACUAUUCUAAAAGCGGGAGGAAACAAGGAAAAGAGAAGUGGAGUAAUCACGCAAACAAUAACGGCAAAGGUUUCAAAGGCACUGGAAAAGGUUCGAGAAGUUCUGGCAGCGACGUUGACGUCAAUUACAACAAAAAGCAGCAGAAGUCUUGCGAACACUGUGGAUGGCGUAAUCAUAAAUCGAAUGACUGCAAGUAUAAAAACUGUACUUGUCAUGUAUGUGACAAAAUUGGACACAUAGCGUCAGUAUGUCGAUCGAAAAAUAAGACCCGUGGCUUCAGACUCCUCUUCUGGUGAGGUAUAUUUACUGCAGGUUAACAUUGAUGGUUGUUCCAUGAGCAUUGCUUGCGACACAGGAGCACCCUGUACUUUGGUACCAGCUUCAUUUUAUAACAAAUCUGCGAACAAAAAGCCUCUUAGAGAGUGCAGAACUCCAUAUGUAAGCUACAAUGGAGAUAAAAUUAAAAUUGUUGGUGAGUACGAUGCAACAAUAGAGUAUCGAGGCGUACAAAAAGAAAUAGUUGUUGUUGUCACAAAUACGAAAAGUCCACCGUUGCUUGGCAGAACAUUUUUAAGAUCUUUCAACUUUGAGCUAAGGCAAAUAAAUUCGGUUAAAGAGUCUGAAAUUCAUUCAAAUAUUAUUGAUAAAAUUAAAGUCGAAUUUGCAGAGGUUUUUAGUCCUAAAUUAGGAUGCUAUAAUGUGCAUAAAAUCACUUUGCAAGUUGAACCUGAUACAAAACCAAUAUUUUUCAAACCAAGACCUUUACCCUUAGCGUGGAAAGAUAAAGUUGAUAAACAGUUGCGUAAGUUAGUUAACGAAGGCGUAUUAGAGCAUGUAGAUAAUUCUGAUUGGGGAACACCAUUAGUCCCAAUAUUAAAACCAAAUGGUGACAUAAGAAUAUGUGGUGAUUACAAGGUUACAUUAAACAAACAUUUGGUUGAUGUAAAGUAUCCAUUGCCCAGAAUAGAUGACAUUUUUGCAGCCUUAACUGGAGGUAUAUUGUUUAGCAAGCUAGACUUGAGUAAUGCAUAUAAUCAAUUACAGCUAGAUGAAAGUUCACAAAGAAUGUGUACUUGGAGCACACACAUAGGUUUAUUAAAAGUCAAGAGACUACCUUUUGGUAUUAAGUCUGCAGCAGCAAUUUUUCAAAAAGCUAUGGAAAGCUUAUUUCAAGGCAUUCCGGGAGUCGUAGUAUAUCAAGACGAUAUAACUAUUACAGGACGCAAUUUUCAAGAACAUAUUACGAAUUUAAAAAUUGUCUUAAAUAAAUUAAAAUCUGUAGGUUUAAAAUUAAACACUCAUAAGUGUGAAUUUUUCAAAUCUAAAAUUUGUUACUUAGGCUUUAUGAUUGAUAAAAACGGACUGAGCAAGACUAAUGAUAGAAAAUCAAGUGUUUCAUUAGCACCAACACCAAGAAAUGUGUCAGAGCUUAGAGCAUUUAUUGGUAUGGUAAAUUAUUAUUCAAAAUUUAUAAAUAAUUUUGCUCAGAAAAUGAAUCCGUUAUAUGAAUUAUUGCGCAAAGGCACCCAAUUUGAAUGGACAAGCAGUUGUCAGAAAGCAUAUGAAGAAAUCAAAAGUGAAAUCACUUCUGAGCAAGUACUCGUACAUUAUGACCCGGAAUUGCCAAUCGUGCUAACAACAGAUGCUAGCAACAAUGCAGUUGCUGGAAUACUGUCACACAAAAUUGAUAACGAUCUUAAACCAAUAGCUUUCGUAUCUAGAUCACUAUCAAAGAGCGAAAUCAAUUAUAGCACAUUCGAAAAGGAAGCGCUUGCAAUUGUUUAUUGUGUAGUAAAAUUACGACAAUAUUUAUUGGGAACUAAAUUCAUACUACGCACGGACCAUAAGCCUUUGUUAGGAAUCUUUGGAGAAUCAAAAGGUUUACCUUUGAUGGCAUCAGCAAGAAUUCAGCGAUGGUCAGUAAUUUUGUCAGGUUUUGAGUACUCAGUAGAAUAUGUAAAAGGUGCAUCAAACUUAGCUGACGGUCUAUCACGAAUGCCUCAAUGGGAAACACACAAAGAUUUUGAUGAGUUUAAUUAUGUAAAUUUCAUUCAAUCAAACAACUCAUUCAAUUUAAGUUUUAAAGACAUAGCAAAGGAAUCUAGAAGAGAUCCUGUACUAGCAAAAGUGGCUGAAGCAAUUCAAAACGGUACAAUUUCAAAAUUAAAAGGCAAUGAAUUUUCAGCUUAUGUUAACAAAUCUUGUGAACUAUCUAUUGAGUAUGAUUGUAUUUUAUGGGGAUACCGUGUGGUAGUUCCGUCUAAGCUUCAAAAGAAGAUACUUAGCGAAUUCCAUAAGUCACAUUUGGGAAUUGUUAAAACCAAGAUGAUGGCACGAUCCUAUGUCUGGUGGCCGGCAAUUAAUUUGGAAAUUGAAAAGAUGAUUAGAUCAUGCAUUCCUUGCCAAGAAUUGCAGGCCAGUCCUGAGAAAGGAGAACUCAUACCCUGGAAAUCGACAGAUACAGUUUGGAGUAGGAUUCAUGUAGAUUUUGCUGGACCUAUCAAAAAUUAUUAUUUGUUUAUUGUCAUCGACUCUUUUACAAAAUGGGUUGAAGUUUUUAAGACCAAAGAGAUCACAACUUUAUUUACAAUAAACAAGUUAAGAGAAGUUUUUUGUCGAUAUGGUUUAGUUGAUGUUUUAGUCAGUGACAAUGGCAGACAAUUCACAUCAGCGGAGUUUCAAACUUUUAUGAAAAACAACAAUGUCAAGCAUAUACUGACUGCACCAGGGCAUCCAUCUACAAAUGGACAGGCAGAAAAUUUCGUCAAGACAGUAAAAAAAUCAUUAUAUGCCAAUAUUAAAGAAAAUGAAAAUUGUGAGUUUGACACAAUGUUAAAUAGAUUUCUUAUAGACUACAGAAACACUGUUCAUUGCACAACAGGAGAAUCACCUGCUAAGUUAUUUUUUGGACGUUCAUUAAAAACAAGAUUCACGUUUUUAAAACCACCCACAGUCACUAAACAAAUAGAGGCAAAGCAAAACAAAAGUAUAAGCGAUUAUAAAGGGAAACGCAACAUAACGUUUAGAAAAGGUCAAAAGGUCAUGGUCAGAGAUUAUAAAAAUCCAAAUAAAGCUAGUUGGACUCAAGCAACCAUAAAUGAACAACUAGGCCCUCGAUCAUAUUGUUGUAUUCUAUCUCACAAUAAUCGCGAAAUAAAAAGACAUUUAGAUCAAAUAAGAAAUGAAAACAUGGAAACAAACAAUGAAGUUGCAACUGAAGUUACAAACAACAACGAAGUGGUCAAUAGCAAUGACUCUACGGUAGAGAAUCAAGUUUAUAUAGAAGAUGAAAACAAUCAAUUACCAUCUGAACUUAACACUUCUCCCACCAGAAGAGAGUUGAGACCACGCCAAGGAGGAAGAGUUGUAAAGAAGACAAUUUAAAAAAAUAUUAUUUCAACUCUAGAAAUGUAAAAUCAUAA